CCAUCGAUACUUAUCUGCACCUGCUCACGCGCCCUUCACGUGCUGCGGCGUCAUUAACGUCCAUGCCUCGCGUAGCGUUGAGCUCCCCCACACACACAGAAGAGAAGAGAAGAGGAGAAGAGGAGAUCUACGACAUCCACAAAAUUUCUAGGGUUUUUAGGGUUUGUAUUUUGAAAGGCUUCAAAUUCUCAACCACGUCGGAUCUAUUUUUCUUCUUUUUAUUUAAUCAACGUAAAGGCUCAUUUCCAGUUUGAAUCGAGAUUCAGAGUCCAUGGCCUGAUUUCGAGUGUACUGGCGAUUUUUUUGAGGUUGCUUUGGGGGCUUGUUCUCCUGUUUCGCGGCCGAGGUUAGGCCUCUCGAUAGUAGAAUCACGGCCGUCAGAUUGGAUGAACGAUCAUCACUCUUAUAGAUCAUGGACCAGUCUCAGAUGAUGAACCGAUGGUACGGACUCUGGACGCCGGCGCCGGUAACGGCGGAUCCGAUGACGUUGCACGACGAUCCCCCGAGUUUUGUUUCAUUUCAGAGACCUAAUUUUGGUUCGGCGAACCUCGGGAGAGGGAAUUGGAAGGGCAAAAAGUCAGAUAAACGCAAUGAAAUUCGCCGGAAGGACACCCUCGGCGUCGGGAACGUCGCUACUGGUGGAGGCUACAAACCGCCGAAUCUCAACGAUCUGCAGUCUCAGAAUCGACUGAAAGCACGCCGAUUCUACUCGAAGAAGAAAUUCAACAACCGUUUCGCUCCACUCGCGCCUCGGAACACCACGUCUUUCAUAAUCCGGGCGAAGAAGGCUGGCGGAAUCGCCUCCCUGGUCUCGCCGUGUCCGGUGACGCCGGCGAUACUUCCGACGCCGAUAUUCUCGCCCUCGAGGGAGGUUUUAGUGGAUAUGGCCAUGGAAGAGUGGGGCGUAGACGGUUAUGGCUCGAUGAACGGCUUGAUUCGGCUCCGAUCGCCGGGGCACGAGGCUGAGGAGGAAGAAGAAAAUGGCGGUUCCAGCGGUAGUGAUGUGGAAGAGCACGUGGAAGUUGAGAGGCGGUUGGAUCAUGAUUUAAGUCGAUUCGAGAUGAUAUAUCCGAGUGAGAAUGCUCUGGAAAACAGGGUCGAUGAUCAGGACUCGCACAUAACGCACUUGGAAGAGGAGAAUUUGACGUUGAAGGAGAGGGUUUUCUUCAUGGAAAGAGAAUUGGAGGACUUGAGGAGGAAGGUUCAGUGUUUGGAGACUGACGGUGGCCAUGGACGAUUUUGGGAUAAUGCCGAUGAGGCUUCGGAAAAUGGAUCGGAGAAUGAGGAAAGCGGCGAUAUUUGCUCGCAGAACAAUAAUGCCCACGGCGGCGAGGGGGAUGCAUGAUGAUGGCAAGUGAAAAUGGAUUGGCUUCUUUGAAGUCUUAUAACUUCUGAUUACUACGGAAUUUGUAGGUUCCUUCUUGUUAUUAGUGCAAAUUCUUGUACAUAUGCCGUGUUGCUUGUGAUAGCUUUUUCUAGAGUUGCUGUAUGUUCUUUUCUUUUUGUUGCUCUUAACUGUGGCCUAGUGCGAUAUAGAUGAUGCUCUCUAGGUUCUGACUGGUAAUAAAAUUUGCUGUUUCUUCUAAAUAGUUGACGACCGUUGAUGCAUGUCUGCAAAGAUGAUUAGAAAUGGCAGAUGAUGUU